AUGGUUGGCCUCCCAGCUAGAGGCAAGAGUCUCAUAGCUGGCAAAGCUAUGAGAUACCUCGCUUGGGUUGGUAUUCCUGCACGCGUGUUCAAUGUCGGCACCUAUCGCCGACAGGGCACACCGCAGCCAAGCGCCACGUUCUUUGACCCCCACAACGAGGAGGGCGAGAAGAUGCGCCGUGCCGCGGCCGAUGCUGCCAUCACAGAUAUGAUUCAGUGGUUCGAUGCUGGCAAGGGAGUGGUCGCGAUCCUCGAUGCGACGAACUCGACGAAAGAGCGCCGCCGCUGGAUCAAUGAGCGCUGCCGAGAAGCUAACAUCGAGACGUUGUACGUCGAGUCGAUAUGUGACGAGGAGGACCUGAUUAUGAACAACAUCCUCGAGGUCAAGACGACCUCGCCGGACUACAAGGGGCAGGACCCGGAGGUUGCUGCCCGGGAUUUCCGCGAGCGGAUCCGCAACUACGAGAAAGUCUACGAGACCAUUGAUGACGGCGAGAAGAGCUACACCUAUGUAAAACUCAUCAACGUUGGCUCUACCGUCAUCAUUAACCAGAUCAAGGACUAUUUGUCUAGCCGACUGGUCUACUACAUCCAGAACCUCCACAUCAAGCCUCGCUCGAUUUGGUUAUCUCGCCACGGAGAGUCGGAAUACAACUUGACUGGAAAGAUUGGAGGGGACUCCAACAUCUCUGAACGUGGAGAGGCUUAUGCCAAAGCUCUACCUGGUCUACUGAAGAAGUCCGGUGUACCGCCCAACACGAAGAUCGUGAUCUGGACAUCCACGUUAAAACGUACCAUCCAGACAGCACGUCACCUGGCUGCGGAAACUGGCUUCGAGAAACUGGAGUGGAAGGCUCUGGACGAACUUGACUCGGGAGUCUGUGACGGAUUGACCUACGAGCAAAUUGCGGAGAAGUACCCCGAGGAUUUCGCCGCCCGCGACGAAGACAAGUACAACUACCGCUACCGGGGUGGCGAAUCGUAUCGCGAUGUUGUCAUUCGCUUGGAGCCCAUUAUCAUGGAGCUGGAGCGCAGUGAGAACGUGAUCAUUGUGACGCACCAGGCUGUAUUGCGCUGCAUUUACGCCUACUUCCUCAACACACCCCAGGAGCAGAGUCCCUGGAUGGAGGUCCCCCUCCACACACUUAUCAAACUUACCCCGCGUGCCUAUGGUACGGAGGAACAACGGUUCAAGGCUGAUAUUCCCGCCGUGUCGACCUGGCGUGCUAAGGGCACGUCGGCCAAGCACCAGGAAUACUCCACGGAAACCAAGGCGUGA